AUGGACGACUCACUAGAUCUGUCUGCAUGGGUCGGCAAUCCGCCGAAGCGGCCUGGGAGCAAGGUUGUGUCUAUACGAGGUAGUCAACGCCUCGCUUCACAAUCUACCAAGUACUCCGACGCCUCUGAUCCAGUGACUGCUCCUUCUGAAUCCAACGCCUCAAGCGAUGCUGCCGAUAUUCCUGACAAUGAGGACGCCAUCCCUUCGUGGACACAAGCCCAGAAUGCAGAGUCCUCUGAUUCUGAUACAUCAACCCAGGCUGUCGAGCAGCAGGCUUUCUACAUCGAUAUUCCACACCUUCCGGACGAGGAGAAAGAAGAAUACAAGUACCUGCCCGGCCACUUUGUGGCUGAGGAGAUACUAGGUCAACGUGGACAAGCUCGCUACACUGUGAGGCUGGAAAGUGGUGAACAAAUCGUGCUCACAGCACACCAACUCCAAAACCUCGCAAGAGGGUCGGAACUACUGAGAGACUUUCAACGGAAACCUCGUUCUACCCGGAACAAAACACGGGCCAACAAACCCCCAAACCCUGGGUUGAUUGACUGGACAACCAUUAAUUUAUUCGACUCUGAUCCGGAAGAGUCUAUGGCUUCUGAUCCCGAAGCUGAAAACCAGGCGUUAGAUGAAGGGCCAGAUGCCGAGCAGGACUCCUCGACUACUUCUGAAACUCCUGCCCGUAGAUCGGUGCGGAUCAGAGGACUAAGACGAUCUGGGCAAGCCAAGCAGGAACUACUAAAUUCAGAUGACUCUGAUGUCCAGCCAAGAAGGAGCACCAGGACAAGGAGAUUAGCGUCUAAAACGACUAAGAACCGACGUUCGGGAAGACCUCGACGACAGAUGUCCUCCACUAAAUCCUCUCCCGAAGCAGAAGUUCCUACUCGGAGAUCAGAGAGGACAAGAGUGAAGCCGCGUCUUUCUAUGCGAGAGAGGCAUGAAGACGACAUAUCAAGUCAUGAAGAGGAGAAGGUCGGCCCCAAGAUCGUCGCUGCCAAAGAAUACUUCGCUAGAGUCCCUGAAAGCGACCCUUUUCGAAAGCGACAUCGCCAAGAAUGUGACACAUGUUAUUUCAAAGGCGAUGACCAUGCUAAAGGCCCACUGGUGUUCUGUCAAGGUUGUACCAAUUCUUACCACAAACGAUGUCUUGGUUUCCGUGGCACAAGAGAUCAUUUGGUCACAAAAGUUGGCGAAAAUCUUUUUGUCCUCCAGUGUCGCCGGUGUAUUGGGUUGGCGCAUGAGCGAGAUUACUCAAUUCCUCACCAGGGUAUAUGUGCCGAAUGCAAUAAAACUGGUGAUUUAUCGAAACCUCUUCGAAACCGCCUCUCCACCCGCCACGAGCAAGUACAGCGAGAGGAGAAUGGCGGCAGGGAUCCCAUCACAAUUGUCGAUCCAAACACGAUCAACAAAGUUUCGAAUGUGUUAUUCAGAUGUUGUCAAUGUGUUCGUGCUUGGCACAUGCAUCACCUUCCUGAGCGCAAGACGGCUCAUUCUGCAAUGGAGGAUGAAGAUGAGAACGAAGCCCUAGAUGAUGCUCAAAUCGCCCAAAAGCGCUUUGACUAUUAUCACCGCUCCUGGACAUGCAAAGAUUGUAUUGAGAACCAACAUCAGAUUGACGCUCUUGUGGCAUGGAAACCCGUCAACAUAGAGACAUACGUUCCUGGCACUACAGUUGACAUGAUGCCUGAAAUUGCAAAGGAGUAUUUAGUCAAGUGGCGGGCUCAAUCCUACUUUCGCACAACCUGGAUGCCUGGGCUUUGGGUCUGGGGAAUAGCUGCAAACUCCAUGAAAGCGGCCUUUUCGAAGAAACCAGGGAAUCAACUGCCUAAAAUGUCAACUGCCGAUGCCAUUCCCGAGGAUUUUUUUAGAAUCGACAUCGUCUUUGACGUUCGCUAUUCAAGUGUUGUACGGAACAGUACUAAGGGGAUCGACCUAGCUCGAGCAAAGGAAGUCGACACAGCAUUUGUCAAGUACAAAGGCCUUGGGUACGAGGAUGCGAUCUGGGAGAAGCCGCCUGCCUACUCUGAUACUGAGCGGUGGAGUGAUUUCCAAAUUGCGUAUGAAGACUAUGUUGAGAAAAUGCACCUCUCAAUUCCUGUGCAAGGAUCCUUGCGUCGACAUCUCUCACAAAUUCGUACACAAGAUUUUCAAUCCACCUUGAUUAAAAAAAGGCAGCCUCCAAAUAUGACAGGUGGAGAAAUGAUGACUUACCAAGUUGAAGGGUUGAAUUGGCUUCUCUACCAGUGGUUUAAGAGCCAAAACGCGAUUCUGGCUGACGAAAUGGGCUUGGGCAAAACCAUUCAGCUCGUGGCACUGUUUGCAUCCCUGGUUCAUGAUCAUAAGUGUUGGCCCUUUCUUGUUGUGGUGCCCAAUUCUACCGUUCCUAAUUGGCGGCGAGAGAUUCGGAAAUGGGCACCCUCUAUCCGAGUUGUCACCUACUAUGGCUCAGCAAUGGCCAGGAAAUUGACACACGACUAUGAGCUCUUUCCAAAGUCCAAGGAGAAGGAUGAUGGUAGACAUCAGGAAAGCAAAAAGAGGUCUGCGGACGCCAAGGACAUCAAGGCUCACGUGGUUAUUACCUCGUACGAGGCUGUUACUGAAGAGAAGACCCGGAAAAGUCUCAUGAGAGUCCCCUGGCAAUGCCUCGUGGUCGAUGAAGGCCAGCGGUUGAAGAGCGACAAAACCCAGAUAUAUGAAAUGUUAUCAAAAUUUCGAUUUCCCUUCAAAGUUCUUCUUACAGGAACGCCACUGCAGAACAAUGCCCGAGAGCUGUUCAAUCUGUUACAAUUUCUCGACCGGAGCAUGAAUGCGGCAGAAUUGGAUGCCAAGUAUGCAGAUCUUACGCAAGACAAUGUACCCGAGUUGCAUGAAAUGUUGCGCAAGUUCUUUCUGCGGCGGACGAAAGCACAGGUUUUGACAUUCCUACCACCCAUGGCUCAGAUCAUCAUUCCUGUCAGCAUGUCCACUGUGCAGAAGAAAGUGUACAAGUCGAUUCUUGCCAAGAACCCACAGCUGAUGAAAUCCAUCUUCACUCGCGAUAGCAACCCGGUGGGUAAGGAUCGGGUGAAUCUCAACAACAUCUUGAUGCAAUUGAGGAAGACCUUAUGCCAUCCAUUCGUUUACAAUCGCGAGAUAGAGGAGAGAACCGAGGAAGCUGAACUUUCGCAUCUCAAUUUAGUGGAGGCAUCGUCGAAAUUAAAGUUGCUAUCGCUGAUGCUGCCAAAGCUACAAGAAGGGGGCCAUCGCGUACUGAUGUUUAGCCAAUUUCUCGACAACCUGGAUAUUAUCGAGGAUUUUCUAGAUGGGCUUGGAUUUCAACAUCGGCGGAUAGACGGUACGAUCAAUUCAAUGGAGAAACAGAAGCGUAUUGACGAAUUCAACGCACCUAACUCACCUUUCUUUGCCUUCUUGCUCUCUACACGCGCAGGUGGUGUGGGUAUCAACCUUGCGACAGCGGACACAGUCAUCAUCAUGGAUCCUGACUUCAAUCCGCAUCAAGACAUUCAAGCUCUUUCUCGAGCGCAUCGAAUCGGUCAGCAGCACAAGGUUUUGGUCUUCCAACUAAUGACCAGAGACAGCGCCGAGGAAAAAAUCAUGCAAAUAGGACGCAAGAAGAUGGCUCUCGAUCACGUCUUAAUCGAGAGAAUGGACCGCGAAGACGAUGCAGGUGAAGAUCUAGUGUCGAUCCUUCGCCACGGAGCGCAAGCUCUAUUCGAAGACGAGUCGACUGUGGAGGACAUCGUGUAUGAUUCAGCGUCAGUGGAUCGGCUGCUUGAACGAUCCCACAUUGAGAACACUAAGAUCAGUGAUGAAAAGUCAGCGGAAUCGCAGUUCAGCUUCGCGCGGAUAUGGGCGAAUGGUAAGGGUUCAUUGGAGGACGAAUUGGAAGUCAAAACUGGGACCAGUACACCCAACCCGGGGAUCUGGGACAAAAUUCUGCAAGACCGGCAGCGAAUCUUUGACGAAGAACAAGCGUUGAAGACGCAGACGUACGGUAGGGGCAAACGCAAGCGAGAGAAUGUCGACUACGGUAUGGGGGAUGGAGAGAAUAUCGGCCCUGCACGCAAGCAGUCUCGUGUAAGUCGAGGAGCGGACCCCGAGUACCAGAACGCGCGAGAUGAGACACCGGAGGAAGAGGACUCAAGUGCUGAAGACACGGAUGUGCUGGAACGAAGACAACCUACAAUCAGAGCGCGGCCAUUCAAGCGGAUUCGAGUACCCCUUGGACCAGCACCCAUAUUCAAUGGAGAUGUGGCUUAUAACUUUGGACAUGUGUCGCAAAUGCCGCCGCAGUACGAUUGCUCGGCGUGCGGCGAGCAGCACGCGAUGGGAUGGUGUCGACUUAAAGUUGCGGGAGUGGAACAUUGCGGACUGUGUGGAUUAGCACACUUGGGACAUGGUCGAACUUGUCCACACUUAAGUGAUGAGAGACGGCUGACUACGUUACUGCAGACAUUGAAAGAGAGCACAGAAAGUCGGGAGUUUGUGGAGCAAGCCAGCAAGUAUGUAAGAUCGAUCCGGUCGGAUCUCAUACAACGCAGACGAGCGCAAGAGCGGAGGGAGCAAGAAGCGGUGGUACAAGGGCCCCUGGCAUCAGCUCAGGUCAAUGAUCAUCAAAGGUUGCCCAGCGCUGUGAACGUGCAACAUCCAGAAGCCUUGUGA